UAGUUUUGCGAGAUUAUGGAAGGAGCGUUUCUAAUAUUUCAGGUUUUCAUUUACUUCAAAAUAGUUAAAAAUGGAGAUUGUUGCCAGAAUUGUGAUCAAGUGACAGCUUCUCUUUAUCAAUGUUGUUUUAUUCCUCAAAUUACACCAAAUCAAAUAAAUCCACUGACUGAAUCGAAAGUAACCUGUUCCAAUAAGAAAGCCAAAUCAAAUAAUAAAAAAGAAUGUUUAAAAGACAGUCCUAAUGGUAAAAUGGAAAGCUGUUGUGAAACAUGUUUUAGAACUAAUGUUCCUUUAAAGAAAUGUUCUAAGUGCAAAACAACUUACUACUGCUCAAAUGACUGCCAGAAAUAUGAUUGGCCAACACAUAAAAGCAAUUGUAAGGCUUCAAAAAUGAAUACUGAGGUGAAGUAUGAGAAGGAGAGUGGCCAUGAGUAUAGCAAGGAGAGAAGUAACAAAAAAGAUCCAGUAAAGGAGAACAGUGUGAGCAUAGAUGAUGGGGAUGGUAGUGAGGUAGACAACAAGGUAGGCAGUAAGAAUAAAAAGAAAAGAAAUAGAAGAAAAAAGUGUAAGAAUGUCAACGGUGUCAACAUAGAGAAUGACGGAGCCACUAGUAAGACAGACGUCAGGGAUGAGAUCAACAAAAAGGAUAGUGCCACAAAGGCUAGAAAGGGAAACACUGGAAAUAUGAACUAUAAAGGCAAAGAUGGUGGAAGAGACAGUGAGAAGGAAUCCAGCAAGAAGAGGAAGAGUAAAAAAAAGACAGUCCAGGUGAAGAGCAAAGAAGAUAUUAAGAAGACUGGAACAAUAAACACUGGAAAGAAAAGUGAUGCAAGAACUAGUGUCAAAAAUACUGGAAACUUUCUUUUAAAAUUUCUUUUGAAUAUUUGGAGAUUUUUAAUAUAUAUUAUAUAUGUGAUUUUUAGUCAGGAAAGAAGACCAAAGAUCAGCAGAAGAUACAUUAAAAACAUUGGAAGAAUAGAAAAUAUUGAUAAUUUCCAGAAAGCUGUACUCAAAGAUACUGAAGGUCGCAUAUGUAGUCUGAUAUUUUAUCACAAAGAAUCAGAUCCUUAUCCAUAUUUUUCCUGGGACCAACUGAAAGUUGGGAAAUAUAUUUGUAUCUUGGAACCUGAGAUUCAUUAUUUUCUUGAUGGACAA